AUGGGCACUCCUGCACCUAGACUCUAUACGGGUGCUUCAAUUGACGCAGCUGCAGCCCCUGAAACGGCCACCGCAGCAGCAGCAGCUCCAGGAGCAGCCGCCCCAGCAGCAGCCCCUGGAGCCGCCCCAGCAGCAGCAGCCCCGGGAGCAGCCGCCCCAGCAGCUGCUGCCUCUGGAGCGGCCACCCCAGCAGCAGCAGCUUGUGGAGCAGCCGCCCCAGCAGCAGCUGCUGCCUCUGGAGCGGCCACCCCAGCAGCAGCAGCUUGUGGAGCAGCCGCCCCAGCAGCAGCAGCCCCGGGAGCAGCCGCCCCAGCAGCAGCAGCCCCUGGAGCCGCCCUAGCAGCAGCAGCUUGUGGAGCAGCCGCCCCAGCAGCAGCAGCCCCGGGAGCAGCUGCCCCAGCAGCAGCAGCCCCUGGAGCCGCCCCAGCAGCAGCAGCCCCGGGAGCAGCCGUCCCAGCAGCAGCAGCCCCGGGAGCAGCCGCCCCAGCAGCAGCCACUGGAGCAGCCGCCCCAGCAGCAGCAGCCCCGGGAGCAGCCGCCCCAGCAGCAGCUGCCUCUGGAGCGGCCACCCCAGCAGCAGCAGCUUGUGGAGCAGCCGCCCCAGCAGCAGCAGCCUCGGGAGCAGCCGCCCCAGCAGCAGCAGCCCCUGGAGCCGCCCCAGCAGCAGCAGCCUCGGGAGCAGCCGCCCCAGCAGCAGCAGCCCCGGGAGCAGCCGCCCCAGCAGCAGCCCCUGGAGCCGCUGCUACUGCAGCAGCCACCCCAGCAGCAGCAGCGCGUGGAGCAGCAGCAGCAGCAGCCGCCCCAGCAGCAGCCCCAGCAGCAGCAGCCACUGGAGCAGCCGCACCAGCAGCAGCCGCCCCUGGCCCCUGCAGCAGCCGCUCAUGGACCAGGUGCAGCCGUGGGGGGUGA